ACGUUGCAACUCCACCAAACCUUACCAUGAAAACUCAUGUAGGUGAUUUUUCCUCUUCCCUUGCCGUACUAAUAUAAAACACAAGCUUCACUCUUUGUGGGGUAACAAAAACUACAAAGCCAAUUAUCGUUGUUGUUACUAUCAUAACAUAACAUGUUCUUGUUCUUCUUUGAAAAAAAACCAUAGCCAUAAAAACCAUUCAAAAAAUUCUUAUUCAAGCAUGGAAAGUACCGAUUCAUCGACCGGUUCGCAACAACCUAAUCUUCCGCCUGGAUUUCGAUUCCACCCGACUGAUGAAGAGCUUGUUGUUCAUUAUCUCAAGAAAAAAGCUGCUUCAGCUCCUUUACCGGUAGCCAUCAUCGCCGAAGUUGAUCUCUACAAAUUCGAUCCGUGGGAGCUACCGGCUAAGGCAACGUUUGGAGAGCAAGAGUGGUAUUUCUUUAGUCCAAGGGAUAGGAAGUAUCCAAAUGGUGCUAGGCCAAACAGGGCAGCAACUUCUGGUUAUUGGAAGGCAACUGGUACUGAUAAGCCCGUUUUAACUUCUGGUGGAACACAAAAAGUUGGUGUGAAGAAAGCUUUGGUUUUCUAUGGUGGAAAACCACCAAGAGGAAUCAAAACUAAUUGGAUCAUGCAUGAGUAUAGGCUUGCUGAUAAUAAGCCUAAUAAUAGGCCUCCUGGUUGUGACUUGGGCAACAAGAAAAACUCUCUAAGGCUUGAUGAUUGGGUGCUAUGCCGAAUCUACAAGAAAAGCAACACACAUCGAUCACCGGUGGAACAUGAUAGGGAAGAGUCAAUGGAUGAUAUGAUAAACGGAGUACCUCCAUCGAUCAACGUGGGUCAAAUGAAUGCCGCAACAAGGUUUCAUCAUUUUUCAAAGAUGUCAACAAAUAGCUACAACAAUGCAUUGUUGGAGAAUGAUCAAAAUUUAUUAGAAGGAAUGAUGCUAAGCAACAAUAAUUUAGGAGUUUCAAAUUCAAAGGCAGAGUUAUCUUUUGUACCAACUAUGACAACAUCUUCAAAUGCUAAUUCACCUUCAAAAAGAACACUUUCUUCACUUUAUAAUUGGAAUGAUGAAGAUGUUGCAGCUCAAGUUGGUACUUCAUCAUCUAACAAAAGGUUCAAUUUGGAAAGUGUUGUGAGAAAUGAUCAAGAUAAUGGAACCGUUGCUACUUCUUUUGCUUCACUUCUUAAUAAUCUCCCUCAAACUCCUUCAUUGCAUCAACAACAACAAACAAUGUUGGGAUCAAUACCAUAUCAAAUUCAAGGGAUGAAUUGGUAUGGAUAAUUAGUUCAAUUAAUUGGUAUGAUUAUGAUUGUGUUAAUAUUGAUGCACAAGAUGGUAAUGGUAUGAUACUAAAGUUAGAUGAAUCAUGAAUCAAGAAAUGUUCAUCAAUAUUUGGUAUUGUUCCUUAGCCUUACACACUACUCUCUCGAAUUUCGUGCCGACUAGAUUGUAAAGAAGGGUAUUGAGAUUUUGGUUUGUUAAUUAGGAAUUUGGAAGCAAGUUAGAGUUUUAAUCACACUUAUUAGAUGGUCUCAAACUUGAUCUUCAGCCAUUGGAAAGCAGUUGCAACUAGCAUGCAGGUGAGGCCAUAUGGAUAUUCUUAGCUAAAUUUUAAUAUAGCUUUAUACAUAUAUAAAGAUAUUUGCUUGUUUUUAUUUUUAUUGGUAUAAAAAUAAAGAAAUGUUGGUAGCUCUUUCAUGUAAAAAUUGUUUAAAAGAGAGGGAAAAAAUUCAGAGAGAGAGAUAAUUAGUAGUUAUAUUUUAUAUAUUUUGAUUUUAUAUAUACAUUGAUUUAGGAUACAUUGUAUAUAUAGAUCAUAUACUUGUAGAACAAGAUCUCUAUUGAAUGAUGCAAGAAUUAAUUAAAUUGCAAAUGGUCACUAUGGUUUGUUUGUCAAUGUAUUAAUUUGUAUAUAUUAAUGUGUUCUUCAUUGAUUUUAAGUUAAUUUACUAUGUUCUUAGUACUUGAAUU